AGUUUCGAAUUCAAGGGGCCGCACACGAUGGGGGCCACAUCCAGCAGACCGAGAACGUUGGUGGUGAACAACGACUCGCCCGCCGGUCUGAUCGAGAUAUCCGACGAUGUGGUACAGCGGCUCAAGAGUGGCCACCCGUCCAAGACGCAAGGUCGAAGUGCUGACGACGCCCAGCAGCAGCCGAUUGGUGACGGCAGCAGUGCACCGACUGCUCGUGGUCCGAGCUCCUACCCAAAUCCACCGGUGCCACCCUCGGUGGUGUAUCAGGGCGAACUUCCGCUCACCUCGAUGCAGGUACUGCAGGAAAAGGAGCGCGAGCUGCGGGAAAACGACGUUUACUGGACCCAACGGCUGAAGGCACUCGAAGCGAACCUAGCCAGGACGAACCAAGUGCUGGAGAAGGAGUACAGUGAUGCGGUUGCGGAUGUAAAGAAACGGUUUGCGACGACCGCCGUUCAGCAGCAGCUGCCACCGUGCCAGGAUCUGAAGGCGAAGGUGAUUGCGUGCUACCGACAAAAUCCGCACGAAACGCUGCGCUGUGCCGAGGAGGUGAAGCAGUUUACGGACUGCGUCAAUCAGCACCGAAUUCAACUGCUACACCAGCGUGCAGCGGCCGACCCUGGAAAGAAGUAAAAAUCCC